AUGGAGUUUAGUCCAGAAGCUUCCUCAAAGGACUUGAUGAGGCUGAAAAGGUUUGCUAACAUUCUAUUGUCCAUGGUAGAGAAGAGAAUAGUGUCAUCAGCAAAUUGAAGAUGAUUUAUCUGAAUAGGAGGGCUCCAUAGAGAAAAUUCUUCAAUCAACCUGGAGGAGGCUUCUUGAGACAAGAGCCUACUGAAACAAUCCACAAUAAAAAUAAAGAGGAAGGGUUAAAAGGGAUACCUUGCCUUAAAUCCCUAAAGGCCUUGAUCUUACCUCCUAAGUUUCCCAUUGUGGGUGAAAGGGGAUCCUUAGGUCGCUGGUUUGAAUCCGGCAGGAAGGGGAAAUUAUCGAUCCAAUUCCACUCCUCCGAGAGAGCACUGUUCAUCGGCUUUGUUGCAUACUGUUAAUUUCUCUUCUCAUCCACGGGCCCAAAUAAAGUUUAGUUAGCACGCCUCGCUAAUUGCCACCUCCAUUGCUUUCUCCAGCGUCGGGCACUGGGAGCUUGAGCAACAUUCUAGCAAUCAAAGUAUUCUCUACAUAAAUGGCAAACACUUUACGCUUGUAUUUGACGUGCAUACGUAACACUCUUGAGGCUGCGAUGUGCCUUCAGAAUUUUCCUUGUCAAGAAGUUGAAAGACAUAACAAGCCGGAGGUUGAACUAAAGACUAGCCCGGAACUUAUUCUUAAUCCUAUCUCAAUAUGUAGAAAUGAGUCGGAGAAGUGUUUGAUUGAGACAUCUAUAAACUCACUUCGUAUCAGUCUCAAGGUUAAGCAAACAGAUGAACUGGAGAACAUUUUAACUAAAAAAUUCCUUCGAUUUUUGUCAAUGAGGGCAGAAGCUUUCCAAGUUCUAAGACGAAAACCUGUACAGGGAUAUGAUAUUAGCUUUCUCAUAACAAACUAUCACUGUGAGGAGUUGCAGAAGCAAAGACUCAUUGAUUUCAUUGUACAAUUCAUGGAGGAUAUUGAUAAAGAGAUCAGUGAACUUAAAAUGUCCGUGAACACUCGAGGAAGGCUCGUAGCGACAGAGUUUUUAAAGCAAUUUAUUUGACGUCUCUAGUAUAAUACUAGUAUCUAGGUAAAACUUCGACUCUCUCUGAGCAUUUUUUUUUGAACAAGAAACAAACUUCCCAUUGAAUUAAUGAAAAGGAAUGACAAUGUUCAAAGAUAAAAACUCUCGAAAGAGUGACUCUCUGAGCAUUUCCUCGAGGUUAUUCUGUUUUUGCU